AGAUAAUUUACAAAUUUUUAAAAUUUUUAAUGAUGCCAAGGAUAUUGCUAAACCAGGAGGCAGCAAUCAGCAGCCACGUCAGAAUAUUAAUCAAAGUUCUUUCAAAAUCACAUCACCAAGGUUAUCAGAUAUUUCAGAGUUUAAAAGUUCUGAUAAUGACAUAGAAAAUGUAAGUACAUCAGCAAUAAGCAGCUUUGAACAGCCAACUCAUUGUCAGAUAUUAAAACUGGAAGAAAUGUUACCAGAUAUUCCAGAGAUUAAAAAUUCUGAUAAUAACACAGAAGAUGUUGGUACAUCAACAAUAAGCAGCUAUCAACAGCUAACCCAGGAAUUAAAUAAUUAUGAAGAAAUGUUAUCAGAUAUUUCAGAGUUUAAAAGUUCUGAUAAUGACAUAGAAAAUGUAGGUACAUCAGCAAUAAGCAGCUAUGAACUGCCAACUCAUUGUCAGAUAUUAAAACUGGAAGAAAUGUUACCAGAUAUUCCAGAGAUUAGAAGUUUUGAUAAUGACAUAGAAAAUGUAGGUACAUCAGCAAUAAGCAGCUAUGAUCAGCCAACUCCGAAUAUUGAUCAAAGCUCCCAAUAACACAUCAAAAA